AUGAAAUUGGAAGGAAAAUGCAAGAAGGGAAACAAAAGGUCCGAGGUGUGGGAUCAUUUUAAAAUUCGAGGAGAUGAGAAGGCAGAAUGUAAUUAUUGUAGGCAAACAUAUAAGCAUCAUGCAAAAAACUGCGGAACUAGUACAUUGUGGAAUCAUAUCAUGCAUUUGUGCAAGAAGUAUCCAUAUAGAGUUCAAGAUAAAAAGCAAAAGAAAAUGACCGGUUAUAAUAUGUUAAAAAUCGAAGAGCUUUCUAAGGGUAUUGAUAGUCAUGAAGAAUCUGUCAAGUUUGCUCAAAAAGAAGUUAGAAAACAGAUUACAACGUAUUUCAUAUUGUCUGAGUUACCGUUUCGACAUGUGGAGGAUGAAGGUUUUCAGGGUUACACAAGAUAUUUUUUCCCAAGCUUUGUAUUUCCUUCAAGGAUGACAGUUGAUAAUGAUCGGAAACUUCAAAAAAGGAUUAUAAGUUUCAUUCAAGUCCCAAGCCAUAAAGGAGAUAUGGUGGGAAAGGAGUUGAUUUCUUGUCUUAAAGACUGGGGAAUUAAUAAGAUUUUUUGUGUAACUGUUGAUAAUGCCUCUUCGAAUGAUGUAGCAUUAUUGAGAUUGAAGAGUUGUUUUGAGGAGAAGAAGGACGGUCUAGUACUAGGUGGAAAAAUGCUUCAUAUGAGGUGUUGUGCUCAUAUACUCAAUCCGAUUGUUUGUGAUGGCUUGAAAGAAAUAAGUCAUGCUAUUUCAGCUAUUCGUAAUGCAGUGAGAUUUGUUAGAUCUUCCCCAGAACGACUAAACAGGUUCAAGGAGAGCUGCAAGGAAGCAAAUAUUGAGUCUCGAGCUUUGUUGUGUUUGGAUAUUACAACUAGAUGGAAUUCCACAUACUUGAUGUUGCAGGCUGCUACGAAUGGCUCGAAGUAUGUAACUUCUAACUCUUUCUUUCAAGAAAUAUGUGAAAUUCAUGUAGAGUUGAAUGAAUUAGCUAAACAGCCUAACACUUUGAUGGGAUCCAUGGCAAUUAUUCUUGACCCAAGAUGCAAGUUGGAACUUCUUAAAGUCGGGUUCGAACUUAUUUACGAUGUAGAAAUUGCAAAAAUGUUGUUAAAAAGAGUUGAAGAAACACUUCACAGGUUGUAUGCAUGCUAUGAAGAAAUGGCGACUCCAAUCACUCCACCAUCGGCUUCAUCAAAGGAGGCUACCAAAAAUAGUAGCUCAAGUCCUUCACAACCUACUUUUGGUCUUUCUAAACAAAUUCCUUCUAUUUUUAAAGCUAAACUUAUGCAAAACAUGCAAUCUGAGAAGAAUGAUUUGGUUGAUUAUUUGUCUGAUCAUUGUGAAGAUUUAACCAAUCCCAAAUUUGACGUAUUAGUAUGGUGGAAAUUGAAUGUGCACAAGUACAAAAUUCUCUCUAAAAUUGCCAAAGAUGUAUUAGCAAUUCAAAUAUCCACGGUUGCUUCAGAGUCGGCAUUUUCCACGAGUGGUUGGAUUCUUAACUCCUUUAGGAGUUCAUUGAGUGCAAAGAUGGUUGAGGCCUUAAUAUGCACGAAGAAUUGGUUGCAUAGCAGCAAUGAACCUAUAGUGUUUCGCCAAUAUUUGGACGAGGUAGAAUUAUUGAAUGACUCGGCGAAAGCAGUAGAAGAGGCCGAAUCAUGUUCUACAACAGGGAGCAGUGAUCCAAUUUUUAUCAAAUGA